UCGUGUCUUUAUAACUGUGCCUAGGCUAGAACAGCGAUUGUUUUUAUCUGGUCGUGGCAGCCUGCCGGCUUCUAAUUUUUUUUGUCUCCCCCCUCCCCCCCCUCCAUCCCGCGUGAAUCGCGUCUUUUUGCCUUCUCUGCAUGGGAUAAUUGCGCCUCACUUCCGGGAGAUCAUAUUUGACAUGCGCAAAAGGGCAGUUAGCGUCUGCAGAAUGAGCAAAGGGCACACAAAUCGCUUCGAGGCGAAGUUGCCUGCAAGUCGAGGAGUGUUUUGAUCAUGAGUGUGUCGUGUUUUCCCCCACCUCCACCCUCGUACCACUUUCUCGUGAUUGGGUAAUGGGGUGCGUGCCCGCGCUUUGCUGCGUACUGGAUGGGUUGGCCGUCGGCGUGCGCGGCAAAAUGUUGGUCUUUGUUCCUGCUGUUUCGAACGGUCUGUCGUUAGUUUGGAACUGCUGACGUCAAAUGACUGUCGGUGGCGCUUGUGCGGGAUCGUUGCAAGAGCUGAUUGGGCCGAAGCCUACGUGCAGUCCGUUCUAUCUGAUGUUUGCAUGUUUGGCACCCUAAGGGCCUUUUAUCGUAUAGAGACGGUGCUGAAGUGCCUGCGUGGGCAUGGCAGAUCAGGAGACUGAAGUGCAAGAGGAGGAGACUCCCACUGAAGUUGAACCAGCAGCGGAGGGGGACUCUGAAGCCAUCUCGGACAUCCAGAACUACUUGGCCUCUUUCAACAAGGAAAUCCAGGGGGAUGGGGCCAAUGCAGCCACAGCACCAGCCAACGAGGCAUCUAUAGCAGCCACCGAAGCAGAGGGCAGCGAGGGAGAGGCGACAGCCUCCACUGCUGAUGGCACCACCACUUUCUAUGUGACCCAGACGGCCGAUGGCUUCCAGUAUGCCACAUCCAGCCAGUCUCAGUUUGAUGGCACGACGACAUACUACGCCCCGGCCCAAGCCACCUUCUACACCACGGAGGGCGAGCAACAGUCUGAGGGUGCCACCACCGUGGCAGCCUCAGGUCAGCUGGAAACCAUCCAAGGCUACGCGACUACGGCCGACGGCAAGGCAUUUCCGGCCACGACCAGUGCAGGGGAAGGCCUACAGCAGAUUGUCCUGGCUGUGGGCAAGGGCCAAGGCUCGGAAGGACGCGAGAUUGCAGUUACGAUUCCAGACUCUAUAGCGGACCAGGUUCGGCAUGAAAGUACAGAGGAGCUGCUGAAAGCAGUUCAGCAGCAGAACAGAUCAUCAGCAGAGGGCUCACAAGUUGCUGAGCAGCCCACUUUUGUGGCAAUGCAGCCGGGCCCCUCCCAUGAUGGAAACGAUGAGCAACAGGUGAUCCUGAACACCGGCAACUCGUACCAGACCGUGACGAUAGUGCCGUCAGACACCAACCCUGGGGAAGUGAGCUACGUGCUCAUAGUGUCUCAGCCAGAGGACAGCAAAGAGGACGCAAAGGGUGCUGCAGGUGGCGACAUCGACAUGUCGGUGUACGACUUCAACGAGGGAGGGGAGAAGCACAGCGGUGAGGUGGUAGCAGAAGAGGCGGCGGUGGCGGAGGUGGGUGUGCCCGUGACCAAGAUGCGCACCAUCAAGAUCACGCCCAAGAAGAGCCAGACAGUAACGCAGGCCCACAUGUGCAACUACUGCAACUACACGAGCCCCAAGCGCUACCUCCUCUCGCGGCACAUGAAGAGCCACUCGGAAGAGCGCCCGCACAAGUGCUCGGUGUGCGAGCGUGGCUUCAAGACGCUCGCUUCGCUGCAGAACCACGUCAACACGCACACGGGCACCCGGCCGCACCAGUGCAAGGAGUGUGAGGCUGCCUUCACGACGUCGGGGGAGCUGGUGCGGCACGUGCGCUACCGACACACGCACGAGAAGCCGCACCGAUGCACCGAGUGCGACUACGCCUCGGUGGAACUGAGCAAGCUGAAGCGCCACAUGCGGUGCCACACUGGGGAGCGCCCCUACCAGUGUCCCCACUGCACGUACGCCUCGCCCGACACGUACAAGCUCAAGCGCCACCUGCGCAUCCACACGGGCGAGAAGCCAUACGAGUGCGAUGUGUGCCACGCCCGCUUCACCCAGUCCAACAGCCUCAAGGCGCACAAGCUGAUCCACUCGGGCAACAAGCCCAUCUUCCAGUGCGAGCUGUGCCCCACCACGUGUGGCCGCAAGACAGACCUGCGCAUCCACGUCCAGAAGCUGCACACGAGCGACAAGCCGCUCAAGUGCAAGCGCUGCGGGAAGUCCUUCCCCGACCGCUACACUUACAAGGUGCACGUCAAGAGUCACGAGGGAGAGAAGUGCUUCAAGUGUGACUUGUGUCCAUACGCAUCUAUUUCGCAACGUCAUCUGGAGUCUCAUAUGCUGAUCCACACGGACCAGAAGCCCUUCCGCUGCGACGAGUGCGACCAAGCCUUCCGGCAAAAGCAGCUCCUCAAGAGGCAUAAGAACCUCUACCACGACCCCAACUAUGUGCCACCAAUUCCCAAAGAGAAGACCCACGAAUGCCCCGAGUGUUCCAAAGCGUUCCGUCACAAGGGAAACUUGAUUCGUCACUUGGCCAUUCACGAUCCGGAAGCGACGGCGGCUGAGAGGGCAGAAGCCAUGCGCAUUGGCGAGCCAAAGGGUCCUGGCGAAGAGCCCGACGGCGAGGAGGAUGAUUACAUGAUGGAAGAAGACGAAGACGACGAACUGGACGAUCUCGGCAUGGAAGACGGAAUGAUCAACGAGGGUCAGCAGGUGGUAGUCUUUGAAGUGAUCCAGAUCCCGGCAGCAGAUGGCGUCACCAUGGAACAGCACGCAAUACGGCAAAUUACGCCGCAGGAUGCUGUACACAUGACCAGCAACGGAAGUGUUUUGACGGCAACUGGUGCUGAUGGCCAGGAGCUGACCAUCAUCCAACAGGUGCCCCAAGACCAGCAGCAGACAGUGGUCACGGAAGUGGUCAACAAAGGCACAGUUGCACCAUUGAAGAGACCAAGGGGGAGGCCACGGAAGUAUGCCACGAUGGAUGUUACUGUCAGCAACCAAGGCGAGGAGGUAUUGGGGAUGGCGAAGACCGAAAUGGACACCCCACAGCGAGAGGAAGAGAUUGCACGGAGAAGGCUUGAGCAGAAGCAGAAGGACAUGGAAGAGUGCUUCGGAUUCAAUGACGAGGAAGAUGAGACGAUCUUGGCAAUGCCAGCAGCCCCAGGUGUGAAUGGCCCAAGUGAAGAGAAGGUGCAAGAAGAAGAUGGGACAACCACCACAUACAUCUUGAUGCAGGAAAAUGGUGAACCGGUGUAACGGGUUACCAUUUUGGUGGCCCGUUACAAUUGGGAUUCAAACCAACACCUUACACCCCACAUCUCUCCUGACUUGUUUUUCUUGUUUUUAUGUGCAAAAGUGUUCAGUGGUAAAUGAGAAGGGGCCCCUCUUGGUUGCUGACUUCUCAUUUUCAUUUCUUUUUGUUGUAAAACAGAAAAACUAAGAUGUAUGUUUUGAGAUUCGUUUAGACCUGCAGGUUAGAAAACGCCUGGCUAAUAUCUUUUUUUUUGUUUUUUUUGUCGGGGGUGAAGCUGUGAGCUUUUCUUCUGAUGGGUACUGGUUGUACAAACCCCUUGUGCACUUUUGUUUGUACCUAUAAAUAGCAGUAUGUGUGGUUUUCACUGAUUUUUCUUGGGUGCAUGGGGAUAACUCUUACUUUUACAGUGUGAAUGCUUGUUUUUGUGCGAAUUGAAAGAAACUGCAUUUUUGUUUCUCUCGUCUUGUGUGCAGAGGAGUGAUUUUGGGGCUCUGUCAUGUUGUACCUGGCAAGCACUACUAUAGUAUUGGAACAUUUACUUUGUUUUGUUGCCCUACCCUGCUCCUCCUGUCGAGGAAUCAUGUUCAUGCUCAGUUUUGAUGUGUUUUGUUUUUCAUGACCACGCGGUAAUGACUGCUGCACGCACUGUGUGGACAAUAUGUGAUUGAGCGUGUAUUUGUGUGUGUACAUAUUUGCAUCACUACUUGAGCCCAUCUCCAGCACCACAUCUGUGUGUACCCAACAUGGUCCGCCACUUGUAUGCAUCGCUUCCUUCGAUGAAACCCCAACAAAGUUCAUUGGCAUAAUGAAAUUCUGUGUGUGACUCAAUAGGUUUUGAUAGAAAUUCAUAGCAUUGUGGAACAAUGUUUCAAAAGCCAUUGUGGGUCUCCAAGAGGCUGUGACAUCUGAGUUACAGUUCAGAGUGGAAACCACUUACUGAAAUGUACUAUCGCAAACAGUAUGAGGGGGAACGCCAAAGCGCCUUGAUACAUGUUGUGCUUCCUCGAGGCUGAUAAAACACCGUAGUGUGGAGGGGGAGGCUGCGAGGGUGCGCAGAUUGGAGUAAAUGUGCACUCUCAUAGCCUCCCCUCCACUCCACAAUUUUUUCAGCCUCGAGGUAGCACUGCAUGUAUCAAAGGCCACGCACUCUGGCGUUCCCCCCUCAUACUAUUUGCGAUAAUACACAGGGAAUGUCAUGUUCUAUAGACUGUUUCUUGAGCCAUGAAACCGUUGGACCUGACUAAAAAGCGAGGCUGUUGUUAGUAAUAUGCCCUAUUUUAUUAGUUUGGAGUAGAGUUAUAAUAAAAUUGUGCAUGCAAA